CUGCUCGUGCCUCUAGUGAAGCGGGAUGUAUAGUGAGAAGUGCAGUGAAAUGUGGUGUCGUGUGCCUUUAAUUGUGAUUCUUGGUGCGACAGGGACCGGCAAGUCCAAACUGGGCAUCGAGUUAGCAAGGAAAUUCGCAGGAGAAGUUAUAGGUGCAGAUUCUAUGCAGGUUUACAAAGGAUUGGACAUAGUUACAAAUAAAGUGACAAGUGAAGAAAUGAAACAAGUGCCACACUAUCUGAUUGAUUUUUUAAACCCCACGGAGAACUUCAACAUUGUGGACUAUAGGAAUAUGGCUUUGAGCAAGAUUUCCGACAUCGAUUCCCGCAGCAAAUUGCCAAUCGUGGUCGGUGGCACCAAUUAUUACAUCGAGUCUCUCUUGUGGAAAGUGCUUGUCCAGCACGAGUGCAAAAUUAUAAAGACGGUGCCGCCGGAGGCCUCGAAUUCCGUGGCUGCUGAUGUGUCUGCGAGAUGCGAGUUCACACAUCUCAGCAACGAGGAGUUGAUGACGCGGCUGGAGGCCGUGGAUGCAGAGACGGCCCUGCGUCUACAUCCCAAUGACCGCAGGAAGGUUUUAAGAGCAUUAGAGGUGUUCGAGCAGGAGAAGCGGCCUUUGAGUGAAAUUCUUCGAGAACAACAAUCGGAGGACGGUUCCAGCCCCAUUGGUGGACCUUUGAGAUUCCCGCGGAGCAUUAUUUUCUGGCUACAAUGGGAUCAGGGUGUGCUUGACGAGGAUCUGGAUAAGCGGGUGGAUGAAAUGAUUGAGAAGGGACUGCUGCAAGAACUCCUUGAUUUUCACUCCAAGUACAACGCUGAGAGACUGUCAAGUGAAGCUGAGGCAGAUUACACCAAAGGAAUAUUCCAAAGUAUCGGCUUUAAAGAGUUCCACCCUUAUUUGAUCAUGGACGAGGCGCAGAGAGAAACUGAAGAGAGCAAGAAGCUGUUGGAGAAGUGCAUUGCCGAGAUGAAAAUGGCAACCAGGAGGUAUGCCCGCAGGCAGGUCAAGUGGGUCAAUGCCAGGUUCCUCAGCAACAUCAACAGAGCGACACCAAAACUCGUGCCGUUGACCCUGAAAAACGCUGCAAACUGGGACACAGAGAUCCUGGAGCCGGCGGUGGCGAUGGUGCAGAAGCUGCUGGAUGGUGAGACAACCGUGGCCACUCCUUCGGAGCAGUUGUCUGAGGAACAAAUUGUGCGGCAGCGGAAGAAAAGCGAGCCGUGCAGAGAGUUCUGCGAGAUUUGCCAAAGACUCUUUGUACUGCGCGACCAGUGGGAGGACCACCUAAAGUCCAACAAGCACAAGAGGAGACGUGAGGGACUAAAGAAGCACGAGGCCAACUGCAAGAAGCAAAAGCUGGCAGAAGCAGAAAGUGCUUAGCAACUCAACUUGAUCUGAUUUGUCUAAUAGGGAGAUCCGACUGCUAAUAAAUUAAAAUUAGAAUAAUAAGAAAGAAUAUUCUGUGUAUUCUUCAAGUAUUCAUAUCUUAGUUUGUGUUUUUUUUCAAAACAAUACAGCUUGUAACUUUUUAAAAAAUCAUUUCACUUGAAUCAAGUGCAGCUUUUUUGAUAAACAGCAAGCUGGUGUUGAAUUUGGCUUGGUUGAUCUUGGUUUUCGUCAGUUGGUAGAAUUUCUGGGCCCAGCAUGCCUCGAUGAUAAAUGAUCACUGGUGCGAUGUGUCAUGUGUUUAUAGCCAUGCGCGCGUGUGGUGGUGUGAUGAGUUUUGUCCAGGAGACGAGGGCUGCAACUUCCAUGAUAUUUACCCAAACUCUCUCCUUCUGUAUGUCUUGGCGAGCAACUUUUUACUGAUUAAAUUACUAAAAAAAUUUAAGAAUUAUUGGGGUUGGAUGUUCUUUUUUUUUUUUGUUAAUGAAUCGCGACUUGAAAUAAAGAAAUACUCCGAUAGCGAAAUGUUAAUGUCGAUGAAAAUAUAAUGCUAAAUGUGAUAUAAUCUAACUUAAUAAAGAAACGUAAGCUAAGUUCUGGUGAAUGAAUAUCCAGCUUAAAAGUAUCUAAAGUUAAGAAGGAAACGAUUUGCACAUUGUUUUCUUUGAUUGCCUAAUCUGAACAAAACAAAGUUAACCAUGUGUAUACGUUUGACGGUUGACUCAUUUGUUGCCUUGAAGAAGAAGUUAAAAAAAAUGCUAAUAUCUAAUUUUUUUGGACAACAAGUUAGGAAGUGAAUGGAAUUCUCCGUCGUUAAAGUUAAGAAAUAUACCGAACAUAAUAGUAUAACACUCGCGUCCGUUGCACUAUGAGUAAAUAUCAUUGUUUUUUUUGUUUUAGCACUGCACAACUUUACAUACUGUUUGUCGUCUUUUUCGGAAACGUUUUUGUCUAUGUCUUGGAAGUGUUCGUUUUUCCUUUGUUGCACGUUGCACAUUUUCGUUUUGGUAUGGAUUAACACAUUUGCUUGCCGACGGUAUGGGGCUGCUAGGUUCACUCGAAUGUCUGCUGCAGGUGAUGGAUUGGGUCGCAUUGUUGUGGAAUGUGGGAGUCACAAUAGUCUUUGGCUGGAAUAAGGCUCCUUGAUGUUCCAGGGGUCAUCUGUUUCAGGUACCACUUCAAUGGUCAGGUCCCGCCUUGUUUUAGGAGUUACUCUUUCUUGACUGUGUGUUUGGUUGAUGUGCCCGUGGGUUGAGUAUAGGUGCAGUGGAAGGUAUUUACAGGAAAUGGCACUAAAUUUACGUUACUUGCUCAUUCUGUGAACUUAAAAAAACUUGAUAGUGGUGCCUUAACUAUUCAAAUUUUCAAUUUCAUCGUGUGAAAAAGAUGUAAAAAAUUUAUGACAUAAACAAAUUUGAAAAUAAAACAAAGGGAAAAAAUAUUUACUCGUACUAAAUUUGAAAGGCGGCGAGAAAAAAGAUAAACUUAGAACAUAAUUGUUGUAUAAAAAUAGUGUUUAUAAAAUUAUGUUGUAUGCAAAUUAAAAAUAAUUGUCUUGAAAAUGAAUUAUUUUUAUAGAAUGGUUCAACGAUAUACUCUUUUUUUCUCACUAAGCGUAUACUGCUGUAUCUAAUGUCCAUAAACUUUGUAACUUAAUGUGAGCCGCCAUAUAGUUUCUGAUUAUAAUAUAAUCGGAAAUGUGGAAAAUUACGUUAAUUUACUACUAAAUCCGUUAAUUCAAUUCUUUCUCUAUUAUUUCUUGUUUUGCUGCUUUUUGCAAGAUAAGUCAAAUUUGCUCUAGAUUAGGCGUAUGAAUUAGGAGAAAUGUUGUGUAAGCCAUGAAAGUGUGUGUUUCUUGUGGAGUUCGUCAAUUUUCACAAUAGAAAUCUAUAAAUUAUUAUUUUUUCUAAAUUUAUUAAAAAUUGCCUUAAUAUUUUGUUUUGUUGGAUGAUAUAAAGUGAUUUUGUUGGCAAGCUUUUUUUCUUAUAUAUAAAAGUGAAGUGUGGUUGUUCUCUGACAUCCGUAAAAUAAAAAAAAAUACGGAAAUUUAUUUGAGAAAUUAGUGGCGAUUUUAUUUAUUACUGCUCACGAGUGUAUGAAUUUAAUUUAAUAUUAAAUUUGUCGCUUUUCUCAGUAACUCAUUUUUAGCGUUGUUGUGUUCUAUGUAUAUGUAUUUCUAGUAGAACUGUGUUGUAUGUUAUUGUGAUACCUGGAUAAAUGUUUGAUGGAAGAGUUAUACUGUAAGUGUUUAUUUAAAAGCCAAAGGAUUCUAGAGGUAGGUGUCACCGUUGUUAUUAGCGUUUUUACUUACAAUUUAAUUCUUAGUUUAAAAUCGAAAGAAUUAUAUUUUUGUGCGAAAAAGGUGCAAAAGAAAAGGAUUUGCUAUAUAUGCUUGGUUUCUAAUUUUCUCAUUUUUGGAUGACGUUUAUUUUGUUUGGUAUGAAAUUGGUGUUGAAUCCGUGCAUCGUUUCGUUGGAAUUGUUGAGGUCUUAAUUGAAUAUGGAUGUGCUGCCCAGUGGGAAAAUAAUGUUAUGCUUUAAAUUUUUUUGUUAAUGAAAAUGCAAACAAAAGUGUUUCCAAUUAAAAGUACUGAUUGUCA